AUGGAAGAAUUUAAAGAAAGUAUGAAGACACAAUUUAAGAUGAAAGAUCUAGGUAGAAUCACUUUCUUCCUUGGAAUGGAUUUUAAGCAAAGCAAGGGUGAAAUAAAAAUUAAUCAGAAAAGAUUCAUUCUUAAAAUACUAGAGAGAUUUGGAAUGAUAGACUGCAAGCCCAGGUUAACCCCAUGUGAGCAACGAUUAGAAUUUAACUGUGGUGAAUUGACCAACGCCAGACAGUAUAGAGAAAUGAUAGGAAGCCUAAUUUAUGCCAUGACCUGUACAAGGCCUGAUUUAAGUUGGAUUGUAAGCAGACUGUCUCAAACUCUGUCAAACCCCAGAACGGGAGAUUUAAUUGCUGCCAAACAUGUCCUAAGGUAUCUAAAGGGUACCGUGGAUUAUGAACUCUGCUUUAAGAAAUCUGGUGCUGACUUGCAGCUCACUGCUUAUAGUGAUUCAGAUUGGGCCUCUUGCCUGGAAGACAGGCGAAGUACUACAGGUUACUGUUGUACUCUAAUUGAAGGAGGACCACUGAUUUCAUGGAAGUCGAGAAAGCAACCAACGGUUGCCAUUUCCACUUGCGAAGCUGAAUAUGUAGCUUUAGCAAAUACAGCUCAAGAGUGUUUGUAUCUAACUCAAUUGUUAAACGGUAUGUAUAAGAAAGUACAUCAGAGUAUGAAGGUAAGUGUUGAUAACCAAGGGGCAAUUGCACUAAGUAAGAACCCAGUUAACAGACAACGUUCUAAGCAUAUUGACAUAAAGUACCACUUUGUACGUGAAAUGUAUGUUAAAGGCAUGAUCGAUAUUGUAUAUUGUCCUACCCAAGAUAUGGUAGCUGAUAUCCUAACAAAGCCACCCACAAAAUGUAAACUAAAUAAUUUUAAAAGUAUCGUGUUCGGUUGUGGUAAUUAG